ACACUUACUGCUCUGCAUCAGAGCAGCCGUUGCCAGGAAGUGACGUUGCCUAGUUACUAGGCUCCAUGUCAAGCUGACAGCCGCCAGCUGUAGCCCGCUAACAAAAAAAUUGUUUUUAAUGUAACUGCGUUUCAUUUACUUGUCUUCUCAACGGAACACAUCCUCUCUAAAGAAGUAAAUGCAACUGUAACGUGUGACCCUUCACAAGGUUCAUUGUGUUAGGAAGACUGCCAUGUUUAGCCCCGGGGAGCUAGAAGGUGAAGUGGAUCAUUCGUUUUUCGACAGUGACUGUGAUGAUAGCAGCAGAGAUGGAGGGGAACAGCUGGAGAAAAGUUUGAAGGCUGAAAAGGAGAGCCCACCAGCACAUGAGAGCCUUCAUGCAAAACAGACUGAAAAUACAAAAAGUGGCUGGUCCCUGAGAACUGAUGGGACCAAAAAAAACCUGAAGCCAGUCAGCAACAGAGCAGAAAGGAAGGAGAACAGCUGUCAGUCAAAGGAAGAAGAGAAGAGCAGGCAGUCUGCUGUAUCAUCUGUUGCCUGUACAUCAGAUAAAGCCAUCAAUAAUAGCAGUGAUAGUGAGGAAGACUCUAGUUUGCGCUCUAAAAGGCCCAAGGGAACGUUUAUGGCUUCGUUGGCUGAGGCCAGAGAGGUAGAUAAUAAGGAUAUGUACAGCCAGAGUCCAAAUGAGUCUGAAGAAGAAGCAUUGCCAUCCAAACUCCCUGGCUUGAAAGGAAGAAAUAAACAAUCUCCCAAAAAACUGAUAAGAAAUCGGGGCACCCGAAGUCCAUCCCCCACUUCAACCGAGAGCAGCGUAGACAUAGACUCAGAGAGCUCCUCUAGCAGUAGCAAUGGGAGAAGCAGUUUAGAAUCCCCCACCUUUCCCAGGCCCAACAAACCUUCUGUAUCCCCUGGUGGGAGAGGGACUCGAGUGGGCUCAGCAGAAUCUCAGGAUGUGCCUAUCGGCCGUACAGAGGAGUCAGAAGACACAGUGACAGAUGUAAGCCCCCUCUCAUCUCCUGACUUCAGCCCUCUCCAGUCGUUGGACCUGAACCACACAGAGGCCGAAGAGGGAAGCCUUAAAGAGCAGCAGCAGCAGGAGAGAGUGCCCUCCAGUGGCCUUAGCGACAUGCAUCAAGACGUGGACUCAGACCAGGAUGUAGAUGAGUGCUCGCUCAGUUCAGAGAGUCAGCUUGGAGGUAAACUGGUCUUCCACUGUCCUGGAGGGAGAAACAGGAAGAACUACUCGUUCACCAACGCUGAGGUCCGACGCAUAGAUCGUGAGAACCAGCGACUUCUUCGGGAGCUUUCGCGCCAUUCACCAGGGCCCAGACCAGGAAGUACAGCGAGGAAAACAAGCUAUGUGGCCCACAAGUCGCCUUUUAGUCGCCUCUCUCACAGCGCACUCAACAGGCAGCGGGAACAGCAACGCAUCGAGAGGGAGAACCUGGCUCUCCUGAAAAGGCUGGAGUCUGUCAAGCCUACACCUGGCCUAAAGCGUUCAGAACAACUGGAAGACUACCAGCGUCACAUUGGAUAUGCCGGAGCUCCUUCAUACUCUGUCUGUAUGUCCACCGCCAAAAAAGAGAGGUCUACCAGCAAGACACCCUCAGCAGGUCCCAGGAUGGCCAGUUCUGCCCACCACAGCUCCAGAGCAGUUUCCACCACCACUGACUCUGGGAAAACACCCGUACCCAGGUCAAAAAACAACUAAGUGCACCCAACCAGCCUGGUGCUGAGAACUAUGCCAGAUAUCUGAUCUACAAAGAAGCACAUCGCUGGUUCCCUUUAGUGAUACUGUAUCUGUUGGUAUCCAUUCAUCACAAAAGAUUUUGUUUCAAAGGUACUAAUCUUAAAGAAUCUCUUUUUUCCCACAUGUAUGGGUUCACCAUACCUUUAGUUCACUUAAUCAACUAUUCAGUGAUUUGUGUUGUGCUGCUUAUCAAUUAUAAAGAA